AUGGCAGACAAGUUAACGGAGGAGCAAAUUUCCGAAUUCAAGGAGGCCUUUAGCUUGUUUGACAAGGAUGGAGAUGGAACCAUAACAACCAAAGAAUUGGGGACAGUCAUGAGAUCACUGGGGCAAAACCCAACCGAAGCAGAAUUGCAAGAUAUGAUAAACGAAAUAGACACAGACGGGAAUGGAACUAUCGAUUUCCCCGAGUUCUUAACUCUGAUGGCGAGAAAAAUGAAAGAUACGGACACGGAAGAGGAACUAAUUGAGGCCUUCAGAGUUUUCGACAGAGACGGGGACGGAUACAUAAGUGCAGAUGAGCUAAGACACGUGAUGACCAACUUGGGGGAAAAGCUAACCAAUGAGGAAGUGGACGAAAUGAUACGAGAGGCGGACAUUGACGGGGAUGGCCAGAUCAAUUACGAGGAGUUCGUCAAAAUGAUGAUAGCCAAGUAG